AGCAUAUUUACACAGUCAUUCUUUUUAAAAGACUGAAUUCAGUUCACACAAAGUUGAAUUACCUAUUGAAGCAUUUUUGUUUUUCUGUUACUGAUUAUCAUUAAUAUAUUUUCGAAAUGGUAAAAGUAAGAGAAUUCUGUUGCGGAUGUUCACUUCGAAGUGGAACCUUUAUUAUUGCAUGGGGCUCACUUAUGAACAGUUGCUUGUUUUUCAUUUUGUGCAUUGUUAAUUACUUGAACCUUCUUCGUCGAAGUAAAUUGAAUUCCAGUUACCAAUCCUCAUAUUCAUCAUAUACCAUUUCAACACCUUCUCCUUAUAUUUUUAUGUAUAAUAUAAUAAGGAUUGCUGUCGGAAUAGCGGUUUCUAUCCUAGCAAUAUGGGCAAUUCAAAAGAAUAAAGUUAAAUUUUUGGAUGGUCUAUUUUGGUACCUGUGUUACACCGCAGGAGCUCUCGCAUUCAGCUCAAUAUUAGUGCUCUUUUUACCUUCUUGGGAGCUAGCUCUGAGCGGAGAAAAUCCCAUUGUCCAGGGUCAAAUUAAAUACAGCUCAGAACUGGAGAACAGAAUGUUUCUUUUCUUCUUAUAUCUGUUUGGAAUUGGGAUGUUAUCCUACUUCGCUCUUGUAGUAAAAAGUUUCCGAGAUUACAGCCUGAGAAAUAGUGCUCAGAAUGGUCAAUUUGUUGGCCCAGAUCCGACAGCAGUGGGAUUUUUAGCUGCCUAAGGUGAUUACCUGUUUAAUCCGUAUAGCUUGUAUGUUUUAUGUACGCAAUGUUCAUGAAUAAGUAAAUUAGGUAUAGCCUGAAGCACGUUUUUGACAACGAUACUUAAUACUCAAAUUUUAAAUAUUCCAUUUGAGUGAAUAAAUAUUUAAAAAAAUUAUAUUUUAUUGUAUUAGAAAUAUUAUAUGCUUGUUUAAUUA